AUGCCUGCUGCCAGACAUAAGGAUGCCAAUGCUUUCACCUUCCUAAAUUACGACCACCCCGACCAUAGCGCUACGCACCGAAGGUUGGUCAAGUCGCAUAUCUCAAGCAAGUACCGGGCCGCCAUCCGCCAGCAGGCUCAGCCUCGCUACGCCCUACCACACCAAACCAGGAAUAGCGAAGAGGAGGACAAACUCCUCAAAUCCAGACGCAAAAGGGCACAAACCUCAUUCGGAUCUCACGAAUCGCCACAUUCCCGAUGGGCUCGCGCCCCUUCUCCACUCGAAGUCAGCUUCAACGGCCUACGGACGGACCCAUUCAGAUCCUUGCCAGGUCAAGAAACACCUUGUGUGGCCGAGGCCCUCGACUACUAUACGCAGGCGAUCUCGCCCCUUUUGGAGCCGUUGUUUCUGACGAUCAAGAUGGCGAAUCCAUUGAUGGUCUGGAUGUAUCCUUUAGUCCUGUCGCACGAAGGUGCUUACCAUGGAGCUGUGGCUUUGUCCCUGGCGUAUCUAGAAAAAACUCGAGCACCGACCGGCCAAGCAUCAUCGGAAGUCACGUUCCAUCAGAGAAAAGCUGCGUCAAUCCUGUGUGACCAACUUGCCGAUCUUCGGGGUCCACCAGAGGAUGGUAUGCUGAUGACUGUGCUGGCUUUGGCAUACCUUGAUGUUCUGUACAGGAAAGACAGAAUUGCCAAUCGCAAGGGACUGGCACUUAUCGUGGCAUUGAAGGGAGGACUUGACAACCUCGGGCUGCGUGGACUCGUCAAAGCUUUUCUUGUUCAAUCUGACUACUUCUGGAUGCUCGAGACCGGUGCCGGGACCAUUUUUCCCUUCACGAAGCGCAACAGUCGCAGAGCAUAUCCUCAACGGCCAUUCAGAGACGAUCUUCUUUUACUCCUUUCGACACUACCCCCAGGGUUUGCCGCAAUCGCUCGACGGGGAACCUUCGGCCUGGAUAUCAUUCGAAUCCUCUCAAGAGUAAGCACUUCUCUUAAAUCUAAGAUUGCCAAGCUCCCACGUCCAAUUGAGGAGGAUCCUGUUUCAGAUGACCAGGAUUACCCUGACCUUUUCGAAGUUUGUGCCUGUCUCCAAUCAUCUGCUCGCACCGAGCAUAGCUUGGAGAAGAACUUGAUCCUUGCGGUGAUUAUCUUCGGUUUCGACAUGCAUAACCCUAAUGGAUCGUUUUCCCGAGUUACGGCGUACCGCGGCUCGAGGCAAGAGUUGACUCGGUCACUUCCCUUUACGCAGGCGCAGAAUCCAGAAGAGAGAGCCUGCUUGAUUUGGAUUAUGAUGAUUGCCAUCAGAUCCUGGGGCUUAGAGCUUCCGUUUGCUGCUCAAGCAAUAGCUCUGGGUCGGAGCUUCUUUGCACAGUACCCAGAAGCAAGAUCCUGGGACACCGUGGAGUCUGCAAUGCGUUUCUUCUUCUGGUAUGAGCCGCUCGCAGACGGAUUGAGAAGCAGCUGGCUACAAGCCUUGAACAAAUAUGAGAAAGAACCAGCCAGGACUUCGUCGCUGGCCGUGACAGACUCGAUGGGCAUCACAGGAAGCCGGAAACCUGGUCCCGUAAGCUCGCCCGGCGGAAAAGCGAACGAUGAAAGCCUACAGGAAACUAUAAGGGACCAUGCAGUUGUCACUCUACCACCCAUGUUGACAUUAGAUACAUACCUAACAGAGGUUCGGAUGCUGUAA